CCGCGCCGCCCUCCGCCCCUUGCCUCCAGGCGCCGCGGCAGCUCUGGGCUGGCACCGCCGCCGCCGCCGCCGCCGCCGCCGCCGCCGUUUCCUCUCUGCAGCCGUUCGGCCGCUGCGUGACGCGUCGUUUCCUCUCAACAUGGCGUCCGGGGCAGGUCGGCGGUGAUGGAGGCCAGUCCGUGGCUGCGGCGGGUGCUGGUCCCCACGGUAGCUAGGGCAGCCUCGCGCCUGCUGGGAGUGUGAGGCGCCGCCACCUAGGCCCUCGGCCCCGGGAAGACGGCCGCCCGAGCCGAGUUCCGCCGCCGGGCCGUAGGGACGAGUGAGGCGGGCGGGCGGCCGGGAAGCGACCCCCGGGCCGACGGCGCCGAGGCCGGACGGGCGCGGCCCUCGAACGGCGGCCCCUCGAGCGUGGCGAGGCUUUCGACGCCCUUGGCGGCCCCGCGGCCGCUCCGCGUCGCCCGCCGCUUCCUGGUGGCGCCGCCGCUGCCCUCCACGCCUCCUCGCCCUCACCGACACCUCCUCGCCUUUCUCCCUCCUCGUCCCCGUCCCCCUCCUCCGCCUCCCCUCCAGCCGCCGGGACCACCGCCGCCGCCUCUUCCGCGUCCAUGUAUGAGGGCAAGAAGACGAAGAACAUGUUCCUGACCCGGGCCCUGGAGAAGAUUUUGGCCGACAAGGAAGUGAAGAAGGCGCAUCACUCCCAGCUGCGCAAAGCUUGCGAGGUGGCCCUAGAGGAAAUAAAAGUUGAAACUGAGAAACAAAGUCCUCCUCAUGGAGAAGCAAAAGCUGGAUCAGGCACCCUCCCACCAGUGAAAUCAAAGACAAAUUUUAUUGAAGCAGACAAGUACUUCUUACCCUUUGAGUUGGCAUGCCAGUCCAAAUGCCCCCGCAUAGUUAGUACAUCUCUAGAUUGUUUGCAGAAACUUAUUGCUUAUGGGCAUUUGACUGGCAGUGCUCCAGAUAGUACAACACCAGGCAAAAAGUUAAUUGAUAGAAUUAUUGAAACAAUAUGUGGCUGCUUCCAAGGUCCUCAAACAGAUGAAGGAGUUCAGUUGCAGAUAAUAAAGGCUUUACUUACUGCAGUAACAUCACAACACAUAGAAAUUCAUGAAGGAACUGUACUGCAAGCUGUGAGAACAUGCUACAAUAUCUAUUUAGCCAGCAAAAAUCUCAUCAAUCAGACAACAGCCAAAGCUACUCUUACUCAGAUGCUGAAUGUUAUCUUUGCACGCAUGGAAAACCAAGCAUUACAGGAAGCCAAACAAAUGGAAAGAGAAAGACAUCGGCAGCAGCAGCAUUUGUUACAGUCUCCAGUAAGCCAUCAUGAGCCCGAGUCACCUCAUCUUAGAUAUUUGCCACCUCAGACUGUUGAUCAUAUAGUCCAAGAGCAUGAAGGGGAUCUUGAUCCCCAAACACAUGAUGUGGAUAAAAGUCUCCAAGAUGAUACAGAGCCUGAAAACGGAUCUGAUAUUUCCAGUGCAGAGAAUGAACAGACAGAAGCUGAUCAGGCAACUGCAGCUGAAACAUUAUCUAAAAAUGAUAUCUUGUAUGAUGGAGACUGUGAGGAAAAGCCACAUGAUAUUGUCCAGAGCAUUGUAGAAGAAAUGGUGAACAUCAUUGUUGGAGACAUGGGAGAAGGGAUGGCUAUCAAUGCAAGUACAGACGGCAACACUGGAACUGUGGAGGAUGGUAGUGACAGUGAAAACAUCCAAGCAAAUGGAAUCCCGGGAACACCCAUUUCCGUUGCAUAUACACCAUCGUUACCUGACGACAGGCUGUCUGUCUCCUCCAAUGAUACUCAGGAAUCUGGAAAUUCUUCAGGACCUUCACCUGGUGCUAAGUUUUCCCACAUUUUACAAAAGGAUGCCUUUCUAGUGUUCAGGUCAUUGUGUAAGCUGUCAAUGAAACCACUGUCAGAUGGACCACCAGAUCCAAAGUCUCAUGAGUUACGGUCCAAGAUUCUUUCAUUGCAGUUGCUUCUGUCCAUUCUGCAGAAUGCAGGACCUGUUUUCAGGACAAAUGAGAUGUUUAUUAAUGCUAUCAAGCAGUAUCUGUGUGUUGCACUCUCAAAAAACGGAGUCUCAUCUGUUCCAGAGGUUUUUGAGCUUUCUCUUUCCAUAUUUCUUACUUUGUUGUCAAACUUCAAGACACAUCUGAAGAUGCAAAUUGAGGUAUUCUUUAAAGAAAUCUUCCUGUACAUUUUGGAAACUUCUACAAGCUCAUUUGAUCAUAAGUGGAUGGUUAUUCAGACACUGACAAGGAUCUGUGCAGAUGCUCAGAGUGUGGUGGAUAUUUAUGUAAAUUAUGACUGUGACCUAAAUGCAGCAAAUAUAUUUGAAAGACUAGUAAAUGAUCUGUCAAAAAUUGCCCAAGGAAGGGGCAGUCAAGAACUUGGUAUGAGUAAUGUUCAGGAACUGAGCCUGCGGAAGAAAGGAUUAGAAUGUUUAGUUUCAAUUUUGAAGUGUAUGGUUGAGUGGAGUAAGGAUCAGUAUGUGAAUCCCAACUCCCAGACUACCCUUGGUCAGGAAAAACCCUCAGAGCAAGAGAUAAGUGAAAUUAAACACCCUGAGACCAUAAACAGAUAUGGAAGUUUAAACUCCUUAGAGUCCACGUCAUCAUCAGGAAUUGGCAGCUAUAGUACACAGAUGUCUGGCACUGAUAAUCCAGAACAAUUUGAGGUCCUAAAGCAGCAGAAAGAAAUCAUAGAACAAGGGAUUGAUUUAUUUAAUAAGAAACCAAAGAGAGGAAUACAGUACCUCCAAGAACAAGGGAUGCUUGGCACCACACCUGAAGAUAUAGCUCAGUUCUUACAUCAAGAAGAAAGAUUAGACUCUACUCAGGUGGGUGAGUUCCUGGGAGAUAAUGAUAAAUUCAAUAAAGAAGUCAUGUAUGCAUAUGUAGACCAACAUGACUUUUCAGGAAAAGACUUUGUUUCAGCUCUUCGUCUGUUUCUGGAAGGAUUCCGGCUUCCAGGAGAAGCUCAGAAAAUUGAUCGAUUAAUGGAAAAAUUUGCUGCAAGAUACCUAGAGUGCAACCAAGGACAAACCCUUUUUGCUAGUGCAGACACUGCUUAUGUUUUGGCCUACUCAAUUAUCAUGUUGACCACAGAUCUUCACAGUCCACAGGUUAAAAACAAAAUGACAAAAGAACAGUACAUUAAAAUGAAUCGUGGUAUCAAUGAUAGCAAAGAUCUCCCUGAAGAGUAUCUAUCAGCCAUUUAUAAUGAAAUAGCUGGGAAAAAAAUAUCAAUGAAAGAAACAAAAGAACUAACAAUCCCUACAAAGUCCACUAAACAGAAUGUAGCCAGUGAAAAACAAAGACGACUUCUGUAUAACUUAGAAAUGGAACAGAUGGCUAAGACAGCUAAAGCACUCAUGGAAGCUGUGAGCCAUGUUCAGGCACCUUUUACAAGUGCAACACACUUGGAGCACGUGAGGCCUAUGUUUAAGUUGGCUUGGACACCUUUCUUGGCUGCAUUCAGUGUGGGUCUCCAAGACUGUGAUGAUACUGAAGUAGCCUCUCUUUGCCUAGAAGGGAUAAGAUGUGCGAUCAGAAUUGCAUGCAUUUUCAGCAUUCAGCUGGAAAGAGAUGCAUAUGUCCAAGCUCUAGCCAGAUUUACCUUACUUACAGUGAGUUCUGGUAUUACUGAAAUGAAACAGAAGAAUAUCGACACAAUAAAAACACUCAUCACAGUGGCUCACACUGAUGGAAAUUAUUUAGGAAAUUCGUGGCAUGAGAUCCUGAAGUGCAUCAGUCAGUUAGAGCUGGCACAACUUAUAGGAACUGGAGUGAAGCCUCGGUACAUUUCUGGGACUGUGAGAGGCAGAGAAGGGUCUCUCGCUGGGACAAGAGAUCAGGCUCCAGAUGAAUUUGUUGGUCUAGGGCUAGUCGGUGGGAAUGUGGACUGGAAGCAGAUAGCCAGUAUUCAAGAGUCUAUUGGAGAAACCAGUUCUCAGAGUGUCGUGGUUGCCGUGGAUAGAAUAUUCACAGGAUCCACAAGGCUAGAUGGAAAUGCUAUUGUCGAUUUUGUUCGUUGGCUCUGUGCUGUGUCUAUGGAUGAAUUGCUUUCUACUACACACCCAAGAAUGUUUAGUCUACAAAAAAUAGUAGAAAUAUCAUACUACAACAUGGGAAGAAUAAGACUGCAGUGGUCUCGGAUUUGGGAAGUUAUUGGAGAUCAUUUUAAUAAGGUUGGUUGCAAUCCUAAUGAAGAUGUAGCCAUAUUUGCAGUAGACUCCCUAAGGCAGCUAUCAAUGAAGUUUUUAGAGAAAGGAGAGCUUGCAAACUUCAGAUUCCAAAAGGAUUUCUUACGACCUUUUGAACAUAUAAUGAAACGAAACAGGUCUCCAACAAUUCGAGAUAUGGUUGUGCGGUGUAUAGCACAAAUGGUUAAUUCUCAGGCUGCAAAUAUUCGUUCAGGAUGGAAGAACAUUUUCUCAGUAUUCCAUCUAGCUGCAUCAGACCAAGAUGAAAGCAUAGUAGAACUUGCAUUUCAGACAACGGGGCACAUUGUCACUCUUGUAUUUGAAAAACAUUUUCCAGCCACCAUUGAUUCUUUCCAGGAUGCAGUGAAGUGUUUAUCUGAAUUCGCAUGUAAUGCAGCUUUCCCAGACACAAGUAUGGAAGCAAUCCGACUUAUUCGCCAUUGUGCAAAAUAUGUUUCUGAUAGACCUCAGGCUUUCAAGGAGUACACAAGUGAUGACAUGAACGUGGCACCUGAAGACAGGGUGUGGGUGAGAGGGUGGUUCCCAAUCCUCUUUGAGUUGUCAUGUAUCAUCAAUAGAUGCAAAUUAGAUGUAAGAACCAGGGGCUUAACAGUAAUGUUUGAAAUAAUGAAAACAUACGGCCACACUUAUGAAAAACAUUGGUGGCAGGACUUAUUCAGAAUUGUUUUCAGAAUCUUUGACAACAUGAAAUUGCCAGAACAACAGACAGAGAAAGCUGAAUGGAUGACAACAACUUGUAACCAUGCCCUGUAUGCAAUAUGUGAUGUAUUCACCCAGUAUUUAGAAGUUCUCAGCGAUGUACUUUUGGAUGAUAUUUUUGCCCAGCUUUACUGGUGUGUACAACAAGACAAUGAGCAGUUAGCACGCUCCGGUACAAACUGCUUAGAAAAUGUGGUUAUUCUGAAUGGUGAAAAGUUUACUCUGGAAAUCUGGGAUAAAACAUGUAACUGCACCCUGGAUAUCUUCAAAACCACAAUUCCUCACGCGCUUCUGACUUGGCGUCCUACUUCUGGAGAGGCUGCACCCCCAUCUCCAUCAGCCGUGAGUGAAAAGCAGUUGGAUGCAAUAUCACAAAAAUCUGUAGACAUACAUGAUUCUGUUCAACCAAGAUCUUCAGAUAACAGACAGCAAGCACCACUGGUUUCUGUCUCUACUGUGAGUGAAGAAGUUGGCAAAGUGAAAUCCACAGCAAAAUUCCCAGAACAAAAAUUGUUUGCUGCCCUGUUGAUUAAAUGUGUUGUGCAGCUGGAACUCAUCCAGACCAUCGACAACAUUGUGUUCUUCCCAGCCACAAGCAAGAAGGAGGAUGCAGAAAACUUAGCUGCAGCCCAGAGAGAUGCAAUAGACUUCGAUGUUCGAGUUGAUACUCAAGACCAAGGAAUGUACCGCUUUUUAACAUCACAACAGCUCUUCAAGCUACUGGACUGCUUAUUAGAGUCACAUAGAUUUGCAAAAGCAUUUAAUUCCAACAAUGAACAGAGGACUGCUCUGUGGAAAGCAGGCUUCAAAGGCAAGUCCAAGCCCAAUCUUCUAAAACAGGAGACAAGCAGCCUGGCCUGUGGGCUGCGCAUUCUCUUCCGGAUGUACAUGGAUGAGAGCAGAGUCAGUGCCUGGGAAGAAGUCCAGCAGAGGCUUUUAAACGUCUGCAGUGAAGCGCUGAGUUACUUCCUCACUCUAACAUCCGAAAGUCACCGGGAAGCCUGGACUAACUUACUGUUACUGUUCCUCACCAAAGUUCUGAAGAUCAGUGACAGCAGGUUUAAAGCUCAUGCAUCAUUCUACUACCCUCUCUUAUGUGAAAUUAUGCAAUUUGACUUGAUUCCUGAGUUGCGUGCUGUUCUUAGAAGAUUUUUCCUGCGAAUUGGAAUAGUAUUUCAAAUAUCACAACCACCUGAACAGGAACUUGGGAUAAACAAGCAGUGAUGAGAACCGACUAUUUUUCUGUUGGUGUUUACAUCCCUCUGCUCUGUGAAAGGACCCUGGAGCAGAGGUUUCCUACCUGAAAACUGUCUCUGUGAACUGCAGUGUCUUCUGGUUAGAUGCUUACCUGUAACUCAAGGUCUGAACACUCCAUCCAUCCCUCCAGUAACCCAGUGGCUUCUGUCUCGUGUUGGGCUCAUGCUGAGCAGAAAGGCUGUUGAACAGCAUCAGCCUACCUGUAGGGUCCUUCCCUGCCCUCUAAGCAGGGUGAGCCCACACUUUGGCAGGUACGGAAAUGAAACUUACCCAAAGAAGUAUAGAUGUAAAGACUGAACUUCUGCAAGAAGUACAACUCAGGAGAGCUGUAUUUUGAAGGAUAAAAUGUUUAUAAUUGGGGGGAAGGGAGAAAAAAUUAUUGCUCAUGGUAAAAGAUAUUUAGCAACUAUGGUAUUCUUACUCUGAAGAUUUUUGCACACUCAGGCUAUCUGAGAUACUGGUAAUCAUCAUCUUUCUGUGAAAAUGUAUAGAGAUGCAGGCCUGUAAUAUAAAAAUCUUAAACAUAUUGUUCCUCCUGCACUGUUUUAUUUCUUUAUUUUCUUAUCUACUUGCUAAAUACCCAUAAUAUUUUGUCAAAUGCACUAAAACAUUUGGGUUGAACUUUUAGUCUUUGGGGGGAAGUGGUGGUCAUUUUGAGGGCUUGCUAUGCCCUGAAUCUGUUGUGGCCAGUGCUUGUCAAGAUCACAACAGGAGGGGGAAACCACCAAGGUAGAAAACAUCCCUGCUGACAAGAACUACCUGUAACAUACUCUCUUAGGGCUUUUAAAGAUGAGCCAUUAAAAUAGAUGACCUUUCACAGACUGAAACUUGAAUCACUGCAAAAUGAAUCUAGGUUGCUGUCACUUUUUCUUUUGGGUGGCAGGGCUUGAUGUAGAUUUUAUUCUAUGUACAGAAUUUAAUGUUGAAUAUAUUAAAACUAACAAAUCUGGCAUGGUUUGAGGAGGUUAGAUUUACUGGAAAUGUAUUCAUACUGUGAAUUGUGCUCUGAUGGUUAAAAUGAAAAGCUUGUCAAGCAUUCCAUAUUAACAGUGGAUGUAGAAAAUUUUUUCAGGUGGAUAUGUAUAUGGUACAGAUGUAAAGUUUUCUAUGUAAAAAAUUCUGUACAACUUUCUGUACAAUAUUGAUUCUCAUCUGGCAUAUCUAAUCAGGUUAUAGGUCAAUAAAGUUUUUGAAUUAUUUCAUCAGUGCAGUGUAACCCACA